AUGGAUCUUGUGGAAACAGAUAAUGUGGAUUCAAAUACUGCAAUGCUGCUGAAGCUAGGGCCAUCUGGUGUGUCAGUAAACGACAGGUACAAUUGCUCGUCUGUGGUGCUGUGUUUGCAGGAGAAUAAGCUGAAAUUCUCGGUGUACCUGGAGAAGACGUACAAGGUGAAGAUCAACCCCAACUCCAUGUUUGACGUACAGGUCAAGCGUAUCCACGAGUACAAAAGGCAACUGCUGAACUGCCUCCACAUCAUCACCUUCUACAACCGCAUCAAGAGGGAGCCCAAUAAACAGUACACUCCUCGCACCAUCAUGAUUGGAGGGAAGGCGGCUCCAGGUUACCACAUGGCGAAGCUCAUCAUCAGACUCAUCACGGCCAUUGGCGAUAUCGUGAAUAAUGACCCGAUAGUGGGCGAUCGGCUCAAAGUCAUCUACCUGGAGAACUAUCGAGUGUCGCUUGCUGAGAAAGUGAUCCCAGCCUCCGACCUCUCGGAGCAGAUCUCCACCGCUGGUACUGAGGCGUCGGGAACUGGCAACAUGAAGUUCAUGCUGAACGGUGCCCUAACCAUUGGCACCAUGGACGGCGCCAACGUGGAGAUGGCUGAGGAGGCCGGCCAGGAGAACUUCUUCAUCUUUGGCAUGCUGGUGGAUGAGGUGGAUGCCAUGGACCGGAGGGGCUACAACGCCCGGUCCUACUAUGACCGUCUGCCGGAACUGAAGCUGGCCAUCGACCAGAUCAACAGUGGAUUCUUCAGCCCCAAGGAGCCUGACCUCUUCAAGGGCAUCGUUGACAUGUUAAUGCACCACGACAGAUUCAAGGUCUUUGCUGACUAUGAGGAUUAUAUCAAAUGCCAGGAGCGCGUCAGUGCCCUGUACAAGAAUUCCAGGGAAUGGACCAAGAUGGUCAUCAAAAACAUCGCCACCUCCGGAAAAUUCUCCAGCGACAGGACGAUCGCCGAGUACGCCCGACAGAUCUGGGGCGUGGAGCCCAGCAAGCACAAGAUCCCACCCCCCAACGAACCCCGGGAGUAGAGAUCCCUUGGCACUCCUCUCUCGAUCUCCCUC